UCUUGCUGACCAACCAUGAGCUCCCAGAUUCGUCAGAAUUAUUCCACGCACGUGGAGGCUGCCAUUGAUCUCCUGGUCUAUGUAUACCUGCAGGCCUCCUACACCUACCUCUCUCUGGGCUACUAUUUCGACUGCAAUGAUGUGGCUCUGGAAGGCAUGAGCCACUUGUUCUGCGAAUUGACCGAGAGGAAGGGCGAGGGCUACGAGCAUCUCCUGAAGAUGCAAAACCAGUGCGGCAGCCGUGCUCUCUUCCAGGACAUCAAGAAGCCAGUUCAAGAGGAGUGGGGUAAAACCCUGGACGCCAUGGAAGCCGCCAUGGCCCUGGAGAAAAAUCUGAACCAGGCCCUUUUGGAUCUUCAUGCCCGGGGUUCUGCCCACAUGGACCCCCAUCUCUGUGACUUCCCAGAGAGUCACUUCCUAGAUGAGGGAGUGAAACUCAUCAAGAAGAUGGGUGACCACCUGACCAACCUCUGCAGGCUGGCCAGCCCACAGGCUGGGCUGGGCAGGUAUCUCUUCAAAAGGCUCACUCUCAAGCACGACUAAGAGCCUACUGAGCCCAGUGACUUCUGAAGGGGCCCUUGCAAAAUAACAAGGCUUCUGCCUAAGCCUCUCCCUCCAGCCACUAGGCAGCUUUCUAACUACCCUAACAAGCUUUGGAACAAAUGGAACUAAAGCUUUUUGAAGCA